AUGGAUGUCAUAAAAUCGCAGCAAAUAUCGGCACGUCCAAUCGACAAGGUGGUGGUGCAUCCGCUAGUGCUGCUGAGCAUAGUCGACCACUACAACCGAGUUGCACGCGACACCAAGAAGCGCGUUGUUGGUGUUCUUCUCGGAACUUCCUUCAAGGGCACCGUUGACGUCACCAACAGCUAUGCUGUGCCUUUCGAAGAAGAGGACAAAGACACAAACAUCUGGUUUCUUGACCACAACUACCAUGAAUCAAUGUUUUCCAUGUUCAGAAGAAUAAAUGCCAAGGAGCACGUAAUUGGUUGGUACAGCUCCGGUCCAAAACUGCGGGAGAAUGACCUAAAUAUCCAUGCACUUUUCCAUGACUAUGUUCCCACUCCUGUGUUGGUGAUUAUAGAUGUCCAGCCAAAAGAGCUUGGAAUACCUACUAAAGCCUAUUAUGCCGUCGAGGAGGUUAAAGAGAAUGCAACUCAGAAAAGCCAGAAGGUAUUUGUGCACGUUCCUUCAGAAAUUGCUGCUCAUGAAGUUGAAGAAAUAGGAGUUGAACACUUGCUGCGGGAUGUGAAGGAUACAACAAUCAGUACACUAGCAACAGAGGUGAGUGGAAAGCUUACAGCUUUGAAGGGAUUGGAUGCACGAUUGAAAGAAAUACGCAGUUAUCUUGACCUUGUUAUUGAAGGAAAACUUCCGUUGAACCACGAGAUUCUAUACCAUCUACAGGAUGUGUUCAAUCUACUACCAAAUCUCAACGUCUCUGAACUAAUUAAAUCUUUUGCAGUGAAAACCAAUGAUAUGAUGUUGGUCAUAUAUCUUUCAUCCCUUAUCCGCAGUGUGAUUGCUCUCCAUAACUUGAUCAACAACAAGAUGCUUAACAAAGAACACGAAAAGGCAGAAGACGCAAAGCCAGUUGCUGUGUCGACUGCUGCUGGAAGCUAA